AUGCCGGCUUUUCGCGGCCAGGAUCCGGCACGCAAGUUCCACUGCGACGUCGGAGGAUGCUCGGCGUCUUUCGUCAAGCGAGCUCACCUGCGCAGGCACGAGAUGACGCAUACCCAGAGGCGCGACUUUCACUGCCCUGGUUGCAAUCGUGCCUUCUCACGUAAUGACAGCAUGGCACGCCACCUACGCCGCAAGCAUCCUCAUCUCUACCCCUCGCCAGAGUCCUCGAACACCUCCGCCACUGUCGCCGCAACGGGGGUCGAGCGUCUCUACACAGCUGGUGUCGAACGUCUCAAUCCAGAUCGUCUUUACACUGGCAGCUCAUCCAGCGUGCCCAGCUCAUCGGUAUCGGCAGGUGCAGCUGUCAAUUUCGCGCCUACGAGUAGCUACGGCAUGCUCUCGCUCAGGUCGCCUUUUGACAGCGGUGUCAACAGCCCCGUUCAGCGUCGGGCAGAUGAGCAACGUCUCCAGGCCAAUACGGUUAAAGAGGAGCUCGACUAUCACACUCAAAUGAGCGGUACCAGAUUCUUCUCGAGCGCUCCCGAGCCAACCAACCGAACUGGUCCGAUCCGACGACCGUUCAACAGCAGCCAGGCCGCGCAAACGUACCGAUCCGACUGGAUGCAAAACCCUGAUCUCGAACAAGAAGCAAGCCAAGCGCCCGAACCGAUGCACUUUCCUUGGGAACGGCACGAGGCGCAGCCGUCGUACGUUCAUCCCAGUGCAUCUGCGUGCUGGCCUAGUGCCGAAGCCACCUCGAGCGGACCCGUGGAGCAGACAUUCGAGCAAGGCCGACGCGAAGCUGCUCGGACAGGCUAUGUCGACGCAAGCUUUUCCCCCUCAGCUGUACCGUCUGGUGUUCCUUCGUUGGCUCCAUUGCCGUACGAUGCAAACCCGGGAGCGCAGCAGGACAUGCUGCAGUCCGAGUUCUUUGUCGGCGCGAUGCGAGCCAGGAACAAUAACGAUGGCUGGGUCAACCUUGAUCCAUGCAUGCUGACGGUUCCGACGUCUGAACGCGUGCGAGUCGAAGCGGCUCUUGAGCCAGGUCAGCACUGCGUGGACGCUUGUUUCGUCUCUCCAGGCUCAAGCAUUUCCACUUCCGCAAACUGUGCUGCUGCAGCGGUGGCGGACGAAACUUAUUUUGCUGUCGAUCUGCGCAACCUGAGCGAGCAAGCUGCUCCCACCGCGCCACUGAAUGCAGGUCAAGUCGAGCAGAUCAUGGCAGAACUCGGCAUCGACAUCACACCGAGUCAAAUGUCGACAAGCGGCGAUCCUCACGCAUUCUCCUCGCAGCCCUCGUUCUCACAGCCUGACACCAGCAUGGCGCCGGCUCCUCUGAUCCCUUCGCAAGUACCGAUACCGCCGUCUUGGGCUGCAGAUCAGUUUGGCCCAUCUGCACCGUCCUUCCAUCAGCACUCGCUCUCGCAAGCUCAGUCAUCGCAGAGCUCCGGAUAUCUGCCGUCGCUAACUGCUUCUCAGUCCGAAUAUCUUGGCCCGAAUGCGACUUCACACCGCAGAACGAUGGAUCGUGUUUGGACCUCAGCCUCGAUGGGCUUUGACAGCCAAUCUCAGACUCGCGCACCUCAAGGCAGCACUCAAGGCUUCACGGCGGAGUUCGACGAGAGCUUUGGAAGGCACGCCGAGUCUUUGAACGUCAAGCACGAAUCGCCAGGCUGGGCCGCCGGCGAUUCGCGUUUUUACUCAAAUUUCACCAAGCCUCAUGACUUGUUCCCGUCGCAGAGGGCUACCAGGGACGAAGAAGGCGCAAAGAAGUCUGUUCGCAACGGUGACCAGCAGCAUCGGGCUGACUCUUACUCACACAUCCAACACUCUGCAGCGUCCAAUUCCCAGGAUGUUGAUCAGUAUCCAUCUAGAGAGUCUCUCGAGAACGUCAACAAUUCAGCCAUAUCUUCUGCGGUCGCAACUGGGGAAGCGAUAACUUUCAAGGGACCUCGUCGCCAAGACCACGUUCAUUUCACUAGCACUAAUGACAAGUCCGACAUGGAGGUCGACGAGCCACCCCUGCCUGCCAAUGCAAAGCAACGGGACAGCUCGGCAUCCGCCACCACGUCGGCUGUCAGUGGUGACCAGUUGCAGCUGGUUGUAGAUCGGUUUCGAGUCUUUGCCCAGCUGUGCCAAGACCAUAUGCACCCAUCCGCCGAGAUGCUCGAAUGCCUCGCACCGCUGAUCCCCAACGUUGUCCGAGCGGACGCCCCCCUCUUCCAUCCCAAGAUGAUCGGCUCGCAGAAGACGCACAGCGCAGAAGAGGCGUUUGCGCUGCUGUCCCUCGCAUCACUACAGAGCACCGAUCUGCACUUGAAGGAAGAAGGUCAUCGAUUGAUUUGCUUUCUGUACGGCUUGGUGAUGCUGUCGUACAAGCACACGCUUCAUCUUGGUGGAAAGGUGCAGUCGUUAUUGAACUGCCUCCUUCUCGUUGGUGUUUACGGCAUGCGUCAACACACGCCCGAUCUUUGGCACAAGUUCGAGCAGAACCGCGAAUCGAUCCUGUUAGACGUCCUCAAGGUGGAGACGCGAUCCGAAGGGCUCGACACGGCCAUGGAUCGAAUCGAGACCGACGAUCUCCAGAACUUGGAAGAGGAUGAGCUCUUCAAGCUGUGGUCGCAAUGGUACGAGCACGAGAGUCGCAAACGAACGCUGCUUCUCUGCGCUAUCCUGGACUCCCAGUCUCCGUGCUUCUAUUCGCCGUUCAAGAUAGACCUAUCAGCGCGCGCCGAGGGUCCACGCUGCCAGUUCUUGUUCGCGCACGUCCAUGAGCCUUGCGCGGACAAGGUGUUUUUCGCCUGGCCGCCGAAAGUGUGGGCGAGCCGACUCGCAUCCACUUCCUCGUUGCCGUCGGCAAAGGGAGCCAAGAUUGCUUCUCCCGAUGGCAAGCUUGCGUCGAUUGCCGCUAGCCUCACAGAGCAACUGCUUCGUCCGCAUGUGGCUCAUAAGCCUGGAACCGCGGGUCACCAUCCACGCUUCCGCAGCUCGUUCGACUUUGGCUCGUGCAAGAACGGUGCGGAAAGCUCGAAGCUGCCGCGUCCGGACGGUACCAGCUCGCAAUUUGUACGUGCUACUGAUGCGGCACCCUUUGUCGAAGUUGCAGAGACGACAGGCUUGUCAGCGCGGUCCAGCCGGCGUCCAUCGGAUGAGGGAGGGCAAGAAGCAGAACGAGCAGAUUGCAUAAUGACACCUGAGGCCCGUGUGGUUCCGCAACUCUACAUGUCGGCGCUUUUGGAAGUUGUCAACGGAGCAUGGAUGACGGACAGUGGGUGGUACCAGACCCCCGCCUGGGGAGCAUCGGCCAUUGCAGAGCAGUUCGACAUCGACGCCCAAGACUUUGACAUCGAAAGCGCAAGCGUGGCGCAGCUACCCGGCUGGCGCGCUGGACGCACGCUGCAUGCAGCGCAAGUGGCACACGCUCUGAUGAACUGGUCGGAAAUGUUCAGCGGCUGGAAGGACGGAUGCUUCACCAAAGGCAACGAGGCAGCUUCCGAGCUCGGUCUCAAGGUCACGGACGACGCGCAUCACUUGACGAUCCGUUGGCAAGCCAUCUUUCUGGGGCUGUGUACGCCGCUGCCGUCGCUCUGCUUCUAUCUGGACACGAGCAAGCAAUUCUCGGAGUUCGACAAAGAACGACGCGGACGCAUCUCGUUGCUGUUGAAGAAAUGGGUCGACUCGCCGCACUGCCGGAGGGCGCUCGUGCAUGCAGGUACGAUUCUAACGCUACAAUGCGCGGCGAUGCGGAGGUGUAGGAAAGAGAGGCCUGGGCCUGCUGCAUCCCAUGCAGUUUGCAUGGCGCUCGUGGUGCUAGUGUGCACCAGCAAGAUUAUAAGCGAGCAGAAGCCGCUUCCUGGAAACACGAGUGCGACGAAUGAGCAGCCUUGCGAGGAGUUGGUUCCGACCAAGGAGGUCUGGCCGAUGCUGGUUGGAUCCAAUCGGAAGGGCAAAGCUACCGAGGUAACAGGCGAUAUCAACGAGGAUGGGCCGUCCAUCGACAAUCAAGAGUGGUUGCGGGUGCGAUUCUGGCAUCGCAGGUUCCAAUUCCUCGGGCUGGCAGGCAUCUUCCGCGGGCACGAGCAGGAGGAAAAGUACGAGGUAUACGCAGACUGGCGCUCUUCUGUUUCAGCUGGUGCAGGAGUAGCAGCACCUUCAGAUCUGCGUCGAGCUCCUCUGUCUCGACCGAGGUGGUCGAGCUUUGCAGGAGAAGCAAGGUUGGCAGAAGCCAGACGCGAGACGAUCCAUAUACGCAGCGCGGCAAGCGGCGGCGGAAUCGACUAUCGACGAUCGUCGCAUGCCCAUGUCCUGGCAUCGCAGCAGGAUACGGAUCGCGAUCUGCUGCGUCGUCAUCUUCGCAGCACUUUACCAGGCACCGGCAAUGCGUCCACCGAGACGCGACGAUGGAUCCUCCAAGGCGCUACGCACCAGGCUACCUUUUGUGGCUUGGCACUGUCGAGUUCGAUUGCAUCGGCACAGACACAGCCGGGCUCAAGUCGGGAACGAGAGCAGACAGAUGCACCUAGGGUGCUGGGUCGUGGGCAGCUGCGCGAGCUGGUGAUGUGGGUGCGCGAGGAAGAUCCUGCCUGGUGUUUCAGUCAAGAAUACACGAGUCUGCUACUCGGGGCGCUGCAAGAGGAUUGGGGGGCCGAGGCCAAGGCCUCUUCUUCAGCUUCUUUCGCCAAUCACCUCAAUCAUGGGUGUUCCAUUUAG